AUGCUGCAAUCGUCGAUCCUGGUAGAAACGGCUUCCGUAAAGCUGGUCGAGGCCAUCUUGUCCGUCUUGUGCGUCCUGUUCGAGAAGGCAGAGAUCGUCGACAACUUCCUUCUCGUGAAGCUUGGACGCGUGUACAACCGUACACGACCCGUGCUCGCUUAUGUCUUCCACCCAACGUGCUGGACUACCAACAAGUUGGUCUGCUUUGUCAAGGAAGGCCUCAUGUCGUACAACUAUCCCCACAGCUGCGCGACGUCAUACGCGAGUCGGUUACGAAGAGCACGCUAUCGCAUUUCCAGAGCCACCGUGUCCUCGGCCAUCGGUUAUCGGACGGACGACUUCGACCUCGACCCCGACUUUGAGCCGCAGGGUAGUGUUGCACUUGCCUACCUGGUGCCUCCACCGGAUCACAUGCGCUUCCCGGGCGGCACUUUGCUGCACCGCGUGAAGAGCAGCCUCAUGCUCGUGGCUCUGGCCAUCCUUGCUCUCUUGUCCAAGUUUCGCCUGCGGGCGCUGCUGCCACGGCAGUGCAUCUCGUUCAGGCCCUUCCUCUUUGUUGUUGCGAUCAUCAUGUUCGUCUCCAGCAUCUGGAGUCAGACCCGGCGACCAGCCCCGAAUGUGCCUCAUGCGAUGGAUUCCACCAGCACCAAGAUCACCAAUGCCGCACCCUGGGACUGGCCGUCGCACGCAAAACUUACCACGACGGGGCCGGACUUGGUUCCCAGCACGGAUACCGAGGCUCCGGUUACGGUUCCUCUCAAGGCUCAGUUGACGACUUCAACCAGCACCAAAGCUCCGACCAAGGCUCAAGACAACAGUCUAUCCGAGACACCCUCACUUACAUCCAACGGCAGAUGCAAGCCUACGUGCGUUCUGAAGCGCAUUCGGCUUCCCAUCUACAGCAUCCACCUGGCCAACGAGACAAAUGAGGUGAAAUAUGCCGAUACGGCGUUCGAGGACCGUUUUCCGUCUGGCUUCUUUGAUCCGUCCCCGUCCGAUGUACCAGCAAUGUCUAGCGAGACAACUGGAACGGCUACCGGCAUGCCAGUGACAAGCAGCCCGACAGAGACCACCAGCUCGACAACGUCACCCACCUCUGCCGAGGCGGCCGCCAGUGCCACGGUCGAGGAUGCAGCCGCGUCCAGAGACAAGACGAGGCCGCCCAGAUCCUUCAACGAGCAUGACCUUGCAGACUACUUGAACUUCCUGUCCGACAAGUUGAACCUUAGCAGCGAAGUCGACGUCAAGGUCAACAACGUCGAGCACGUCUUUGACCGGGACACGCUCAACAACCCGCCCAACUACCCCAGCGCCGACUUCGCCGUCGACAUGGGCACGCCCUCGCUCGCCACCAUUGACCAGGGCCUCGACGACUACUACUCGGGCUUCCAGCGCAUCCGGGUGCCCGGCCGCACGGCCCUGCGCGCGCAUGUGGCGAACGAGAUGCUGCAGUGGCGCAACGACUACGGCGAGGCGUACAACCGGGGCCAGUACGAGCACAUGCCCAAGACGCACCUGCACGACGUGGAGCUGCAAAAGACGCUCAAGUACGCCGAACAGGCAGCGUACCAGUGGCGGGUCGAGGCCAAUGCGCAGCGCCAGGCCGUCGUGGAGCGCCAGGUGCUCAAGAUUGCGCGCAUGUUCCGGCACCUCAAGCUCGGACCGGGCCACCAGGACGCGGAGACGCUCGAGGACAACGAGGUCGUCGUCUUUGCGUACGACAACCCGCGCGACGCCGACCACGGCAUGCUCGGGUACGUGAAGGAGUGCCAGGUGCCUCCCAAAGGGACCGUGUGCAACGACGACGGCGUCAUCUCUGCGGAGGCUGGCGGUAACAAACCCGUCGCAGCAGUCACUGGGAGUGCCACUCCGGGCAUCCACCCGGCUGCCGCCGCUGUUCUCCAUGCACCUUCUACCCCGAAGGUUCCCGACAUCCCGGCAGACAUCCCCGCCGUCGACGGUGUCCCGCAGGCGGCCCAGCAGCACGUCCUGCAGCAGGCGCCGUUGGCGGACACGACGUCCAAUGACCACCACGACUCCUUUUUGCAGAAGAUUCUGGACAACAUGGCCAAGAUGCAGGAGAACGAAGAGAGGAUGCAAAAGAACACGGAGAUGCUCACCUCAGAACUUGACAUGCUUCUGGAGAACAUGAAGAACAUGAAUAACGUCCAGCUGCAAAAGGAACAUGAGCCGGCAAGUGCCAAGAAGCCGGCCGACGGAGACGACAACCCGGGAUCCCGUCCUGUCUCAAGAAAGCGCGGCCUCGAGGACAAAUCGGUCGCAGGUGCACCGGAUUCUCCGGCAAAGAACAACGCACCGGUCGACAAGGCGCCAACUCACACAGCGCCAUCAGAGUCCUCUGCCCCCGUCGCAUCCAAUCCGGCCUCGCCGACGUCCGUUUCUUUCCGUCCUGCAAAGCCAAAGGCGGCCCCGGUGUACCACUACGACACCGAGGGCGCUGAGCCAGGCCAUGUACGGCUGAUUUAUUGGGACCACAAGACCGCAACGAACCGCUUCGCCAUCAGUCUGCCGACCUCGAUGGUCGUCCACGUUGACGGCGAUGGGCCCGUGCGCGUUCGCCUGCACCGUGACAACACGGGCUUCAGUGUUUCGCAGGGCGUAUUGAACAGCGACACUGUGUGGGCCGACAAUCAGAAUGUCUUUGAAUUCGUCGAGGAGCUGGUCGUUGCCUACAACGGCGGCAAGUACAUCAUCGACAACAACGGGACAAACAUCACAUACAUCCCGCCGCCACCGAUGCCACCACUGCCGCCGUCCCUCGAGAUUCCCUUGGCUGCGGAUGUCGAGACCAAGGAAGAGGCAAGAAAGCACCGGCCCGCGAUCCAACGUCCGGCAUUGGCCACGCCGAUGCCCAUCCUGCCCAAAGGAGCCAUCCGUCUGCCCGUCAGCGGCCGCGGUCUGCGGCCCGACCCGGACCGAUUUGGUAUCCGCAAUGGCACCUACGACAGCACCAUCCACGGCACAGUUCCGUACGGCCAGCCGCUCAAGAGAUACAAGAACCUGCCGCCGGACCUUCCCACGGUGCUGCCUGGCACGCUGGACGCCUCGGGCCUCGCGUUUGCUGUCAGCACAACUUACUCCAAGCUGCACAACAACGACUUUGCCGCGAUUGACGACAUGGGCCGCUGGCUCACCGAUGGCCAGGGCCACUCGAACGGCGCAUUUUUGUUGCUUCUGCUCCAUCGCCCCCGUGGCAACGAGACACAGGUCGUGACCAAUCUACUCGCGGAGCAGGGCAUCUUCUUUGACCUCGUCGAGGACUGGGGCCACAUGAACGAGGGCGUCGGCGGCGGCCCCUCGGACGUCCAUCCGCUGCCCGUCGUGCCCGACGCUGCCGCCAUCCGGUAUUCCAAUGCGCUACAGUUGCUCCAGUUGUACGACUUUGCCAACUUUGGAGGCGGCCGGCCGUAUAAGCCCAAGAACCAGAGCCAGGUAGAGGACGCGAACCAGACGGAUGCUGUCGAUUCAGACGAGCGUUACCCGGCGUGGCAGCUCACCGUGUACGCGCUCAUCGACGACGACGUGUUCGUGCCCGACAUGCGCCGCCUCGUAUCAAAACUGCGCGAGCACCGCGGCCUCGUCGCCACCCACGAGACGCCCCACGCCACGUCACCCGAGUCCGCGCAGCCCGAGCUCUACAACCAGAACCUGUACCUCGGCUUCCCCAGCGACCCCUGGUCCGACUGGACGUUCCACAACGGCUCCACGCUGUACGACCAGUACGCCUGGGAGUAUGCCACCUUUGGCCGCGCCACGUCCACCGGCGGCCUGGACAACCGCUUCAUCAACAAGGACGUCGGUACCCUGCUGCCCUCGUCCUAUGGCGGCGGCGCCGUCUUUCUGGCCGCCGACCUGGCCCAUCGCGCUGCGGAACUGCCGUGCAUGCGCACCUCGCUGGGUGACAACACCAUCAAUACCGUGUACAAGGCCAACCGCGCCGCCUUUGCCCGCGGCGAGCACCCAGAGCCCAGCUGGGAUGAGCAGCUCUUCCGCUGCAUCCACGAGGAGAUCCCCGAGGUCGUGCUGCGUCUCAUUCCCAGCUACUACGCCCCCGCGGACGCAGCCAUGUAUGGCGGUAAACGGCAGUCGGGUGCCGACGACUCCCAGUUUGCCAGACGCCUGGCUCGCCUUGGCCAGUACGACGGCGGCACCAGCCCCAUCAUCAUGCACAACCAGCGCACCUGGCACAAGUUCGACGCCGGCGCCACCAACCAGGUUGCCGACCUCUGCGGUGCCGACUGCUUCCUGCAGCGCUUCCACUUGGGCGACGGCUGGGUCCUCGUCAACGGCCACAGCCUGACGCACUACGACAGCCUCAGCAUCCACCCGCUCCAGCGUCGCGACGACAUCCACCAGGCCGACAAGGAGGACGUUUUCAGCGGAGCAAUUGGCCGCCGCUACCAAGCUCACCACCUCCAGCGCGCCUACUUUGACAAAAUCGGCCUCGUUCUCGAGGACCCUGUCCGCCCGCGCGACCCUGUCGCCCUUGACUGGCACGGCAAAAAGAAGACAUACCCCCUCAUCGAGACCACUGUGCUCGAAGACGGCGGUAUCGUCCAGGUCUACCUGCGCCGCGCCGCCUCAAACGUGCCCGACCUCACUGCCAUUGGUGGCCGCGAAGCCUUUGAGACCAACCACCGGCACCUGGCCCCUCCCACGAGUGUCAUGGGCGGUCUCGAUGGCAGCAGAGACGACGAUGCAACGGAGGCACGCAGCCCUGACCGUGACGAGCUGAUCAUCUUGGUCCACCGGCCACCGGGCCCGGCCGGCCUGCACACCUACGGCCACCACAACACCGGCCACGGUUACCACUUUUCCACAAAAGCGACCUGGCUCGUCAAGCUUGUCAUUCUCGUGUUUAUUGUCGUCGCCUUUGCGGCCUUGGACGCGCUCACAAGGCAGUAUGAGAGCUUGCAUUUGAGCAAGGGAGGCCGUGGCAUCGUGUCUCACGCGCUCUUCACAGUCUACACGCAUCUCGAGGACCGCGGGCAUCUCGACAGAGUCUGCGGCUGGCACCUGACCCAGAUUCUCAUGCGAAUGCACCGGUGGUUGCAGAACAAGCGCUAUUUCUUCGUCUAUGUCCUUAUGCUUGAGAACUGGAUGCGAUCCCUGCAAGCGGCGGACGAUCGGCCGACCCCGAAGUCGAUCUCAUCAUAUGCGAGAAAAACCCAGAAGGGCUGGUUCGAUGAUAUCGCGGACGAGCUUAUUGAAUUUUCCGCUGUACGGUACGUUUUGCGGUUGCCGGGACGGGUCGCCCAAGGACACAACGAUACUAUCGCAUGGCUGCAAGAUCGCUUCAUGUGCCCGGAUGCCGAGGUACCAAUCGAUGAAGAGAAGGGCUUUGUGACGACCCCACGGAAGGUGGGAGGCCCUGCGGAAGUGGCAACUGGCAACGCAGAGAUGUCUGCAGCAGAAUCUCCAGGACCUUCAAAAUCCGCAGAUCCUGCAGAACCCGAAGAUUCUUCGGAGCCGUCAGAACAUCUUGGGUCUCGCUUGAGUAGACUCGAAGCAUAUGACGAGAGGAAACGCGUCGAACAGCUUACCUAUGCGAAAGUGAAUCAUGUUUUCCGGAACGCAAUCGACAAAGCAGCCGAGACCGGUCUGCCCGUCGGCACGAUCUUGGAUGAAGUGGCCGCCAGCGUCUCGAGCAUUGUCAAGGCCAGUCCGUCACCAGUGGCCAGUCCCUCUUCUACCACCAGGCAUUCUUCAGCCGCCAAGGCAUCAGCGUCAAAAACACCCUCGCGUAAAGACAAUGUCGCACGCCACAAGCAGAUCCAGCAGUCGCUUGAUGAGUGGAGCUUUGACAUCGCAACUCCCAGUCGGCAAGCUGGGUCUUCAAGGUCAAAGAGACGCUCAUCCGAGGAACGGGCCUUGCUUCGCAAACAAUCAAACGACUUGUGGGGACAGGACAUUUCGAGUCUGGAUGUCUUGGACGAUGAGGCUUCCGAUGUUGCACCGACUGCUUCGAGUAACGAAACAGUCGCCAAACACCAGAUUGAGACUGAUCACUCGGAAAUCGGAUCCUCUUCUGGAGUGUCUACGUCAACGUCAGACGAGCCCGCUAUGAAGAAACACUCUCUAGAAGAGCUUACCAAAGAUAUACCGCUCGCUGAGGAGGCCAGUGCGACUGCUGACGAUAUGACCGGUAAGGUUGACGGAGAGGUCGAGAAGAGUAUUGAAGCGCAUGCCGUCGAGGACGACGUUAAGGACAGAAUUCAAGAAGACGUUGAAGAGGAGGCGGAAGAGGAGUCGGAAAAGAAGAUCGAAGUGGACGUUGAAGAGGAGGUUGAAGAGGAGAUCCAAGUGGAGGUUGAAGAAAAGGCCGCCGAGAAUACCGAUGAGGUUACCACCGAGAAAGUGGAGCAGAAUGUUGCCGCGGGUACCUCCGACGAUGUUCCAGAAGAGGUCUCAGACGAUACUCCGCAGGAUCCAGAUGAUAUGUCAGAGGAUGCACCGAAGGAUAUCACAGGAGGUAGUUCAGAGGCUCUCUCAGACAGUCCUGCUCUGGCUUCCUCUUCCACAGCAGCACCAUCACAAGAAGAACGUCUCGAAGGAGCCCGCCAAAAUGCUAAAGACCGCGCCGCAGCUCUCAAAAAGAAGAACAGGAAGAAGAAGAGGAAGAAGAAUAACGAUAACAGGAACGGGUGA